AUGUCUCACACUUGGCUGCAGAAGAAGCGCAAAGCCGACCUGAUUGACCUUGCACAGAAGGCUAGACUCCCCGAUGCGGAUGGUUUGUUGAAAGAUGACUUGGUGGAAUCGCUGGCAAAACAUCUGAACACCAAUGAGACGACAUUUGCCAAACUCCCAGAAUUCCGCGACUACUAUGGUCGCAACGGGUCGCCUGUGAAGCGCGAGCGCUCGUCGCCUACGGCACCUGUUACUGUAACCAAGACGACGCGCCGACGUACAAUUAUCAAGGAGCCUUCGUACGAGGAGCCUAAGCCUGAACGUACUCCAGCUGUAGAGCGCAGCACGGCUAUAGAGCGCAGAAGUGCCUUUGAGAACAGUGCCGUACAGUCGCGAACGCCUAAGCCAGUUUCCCGACGCGUCUCUGAAAUCGCCCCUCAAGUUGAUAUUCCCCCAUCGCCUGCGCAACUAGCUGAAGUUGCAGACCAAUCGCUUCAGAUUGUAAAGACAAAGGCCACUGAAAUAUGGGACAGGACCAGGAUCGACGAGUUGAAGGAGUUUAUCCGUGAAAAUGCGAGCUCCGUUGCUACUAUUCAGACGAUAAUUCUGCUCAUUGAGGCUGUAGGACUCCAGUGGAACACGCUUGGUACAACACCUCUAUUUGCUACGCCCGCUGCGCUCGCUUCAUACUCCAACAGCCAGGAGAUCAGAGGUCCCAACGGCUGGGCACUUCUGACGGCCGAUUGGUGGGCGCCCGCAACCCUUUGGUCACUGACCAGCUGGGUCCUGCCGCUCUUCUUCUCAUACUUCUUCAACCUGACUCUCCGUUCAAACACCUCCCGCAAAUCAGAUGAUCGCCAGUAUCCCGCUGAUCCCCUUAUCUUCAACAUCGCAAGGGCGAUAUUGGCUUACAGUGCGUACCGGGACACUACCAACGCGUCUCUCGUCCCGAAGGCUUGGGGUCCUUUCUCUGAGUAUGCAGUAGCCCGCGUUGGGAACCACGUGCCUGGAGGAUAUUACGGUCUACAAAUCAGCUCAAUUGUCGGUAUCCUUGUUAGCUUGUACGAUGCUGCGUUGAAGAAAUAA